AUGGAUCAUCCACACCCUCCGUGCCGCAUCUCGUGCGAACUCUCUCCUCUUCUGAAGUUAACGAAGUCAUUGUACCAAGACUGGAGGUGAAUGGCUUCCGUCUUCGCCGCGCCGCCGUCUCAACUGGUUCUCUCUUCUCACCGCCCAAGUUUGGAUCACAAAGCUUUUCUUCCUUCCAUCGUCGGCGUUAAAUUUCAUCGGAAUGGCUUUCCAAUUCCUUCUUUCAGGUACAAGAACACCAAAGGAUUGAAAUUGAGGCAGAGAUCGUUUUCUAUAACAGCAUCAAAUUCCUCAGAUGGGAAUUCCACCAAGGAGAAAAAUGAUGGAAGUAAAGUAACUGGUGAUGCCCAAGGUCCUCCAUUUCUUACCAUUUUGGCUGGAUUUUUUGUCUUUUCCCUCGUCCUUUGGAUAGUCAGUUCCUCUGUCACAACCCUUAUAGCUCUAGCCGUCAAGUUGAUCUCAACAAAGUAGUGUUGCAUUAUUGGCUACACUAAUCCUCUCAAUUAUGUUUAGUUUUGGGGAAGGACCUGAAUAUAGGCAGUUGAUUUGGUUAGACUUAAGUAAUAAAAAUGCACAUUGACUCAUUCUGUAGUACUCUAGUUGAAUCUUCUUUAUAAGUCAUUUUCUAGAGUCGUUAUCAUCA